AACUCUACAUGGCUUGUAGACAACAUAUACAACUCAAGAAAGAUAGAAAAAAAAUCAUUUUUGAUUCUGAGAAACUAAACAACAACAAUAAUAUAUGUAAAUAUACUAAUAUGGCUUGCGAAGUCUCGCAGGAUGAUCAGAUUGGAGAAGCACUCUUAAUCGGGGUGGUAAGACAUGAGGUGAUGAAUGUGGCAGCCGAAGGAAAUGAAGACCCACCAGACCUUCCCGAAGCUCGACCAUUAAGCAACAGUCAGGACCAGAAGCUUGUUCAACAGUUGGCGGAGACCAUUAAAGUGAUCGGUGAUAGGCUCGAUCAAGAUCAAGCAUUUAAUGACAUGAUUGAUGGCUUAGUAAAAGUAGCUGAUAAAAGAAGUUUCUGGAAUCUUGUGGAACAGGUUUUCACAGAUGGCCAGAUCAACUGGGGGAGAAUUAUAGUGCUGUUCUAUUCAGUUGGAAAGCUGUCUGCAAAGAUGGUCCUCGCACGCUUGCCCAGAAUUGUUUCAGGUAUUCUGACCUUAAGUCUGGAUUACUUUAGGAGGAAUCUGUUGGAAUGGAUUCGCAAAGUGGGAGGAUGGAUGUACAGUAUCCCUGCACUGGCCUGUUUCUCCUUUGAGCAAUUUUCUGGCUCUUCACUGAGAAAAUAUUUUCCCUAUUUUGGAGCCGCGUUUUCCUUCACCUGUGGCCUACUGUUAGGUGGCUUCAUCUUCUCGAGACUUCAAAAGAGCUAAGAGAGAGAGUGGCGAUACAGCAACAGAAGUAUUAAGUCUGUAAACCUGAGAGAAACCAAAUCACAUAAACUGAUCUGCAGCAUGAUUUUGUAAUUUGCCACUUUUUAUUGUAUUAUGCCUUUAUUUUAUGCAUUUAUAUAUUUUGUAAGAUCAGGACAGAUUGUACAGCGAUAAGAACUGAGCCUAAGCUUUUUAUUAAUAAUUGUUAUAUGACAUAGAAUAGUGGUCUUCUAUUGUGUGUUUUGUCUACUCCCUUGGAAAAAUGUAAGUAUU